AACGCAGCAUCAGAUGGUGCGUGCACUGUGCUGACGAGCCGUUGCUUGUGGAAACAGCUGGUGGUUUCUGUCAGCGAACACUUCGGUUUGAGAGGAGCAUAAGUAGAAUUAAAAGUUCAAAUUAGACUUGAAACUGACUGAGUGCGCUUUGACUUGACUCUCUGCUGCUGUUCCAUCAGACGCCGGGAAAUGUCAUCCUGUAGACGCCACUUUAUCAGGGAGUUGUUAGCUCAUUAACAACCUAGCUUGUUAACUGCAGAUCAGUGACGCUCGACGCAGCCGGCUGCUAACGCCAGCUAACUAGCUAGCUAACUUUGUACUGCCAUAGCAACUACCACGAUACAGGUGUUCUGUCAUCGCAGACAAACUGCCUGUUUUUUGACAGUGGAGGGCGAGGUUUUUGUUCCAUUUCAGCAUGACUCAUAUUCAUUAUAAAUUCUCCUCUAAACUCAGCUACGACACUGUGGUUUUUGACGGCCCGCACGUCACCCUGAGGGAUCUGAAGAGGCAGAUCAUGGGCAGGGAGAAGCUCCGAGCCGGGGACUGCGACCUGCAGAUCACAAACGCACAGAACAAAGAAGAGUACACAGAUGAUGAAAGUUCCAUCCCCAAAGGCUCCUCCGUCAUCGUCAGGAGAAUCCCAAUCAUUGGAGGAAAGUCCAGCAGCAGCAAGACCCGCAACGUUGAGCGAUUAGAUGUCCAGCACCACGCCUUUGGAGCCUACAAAGCAGUACGUAACCAAACUCCCCACCCCUCCUCCUGCAGCUUCACAAAACACACACACACACGCACACACGUUGUUAGCAUGUUCUAAUAUCUCUGCUUGAACAUGAGUUGAAGGAGUGCUCUAGCGUGACUGGUUUAAACUAAUGAAACCACAAUGUAAAUCACGGAAAGCCUCUUAUUUCCUGUAUUGCCGUUUUAAGUUCCUGUUGCAAAGAGGGAGUAGUGAGCUUCUUAGGAUUUUUAUUUACAGGGAGCUGCUGCUCUGAGAAAAAUCAUAUGUUACAAUGAACAAAUAAAAAGUUAUUUAAAAAGUAGGGCUGCCCCCUGAAAGUGGAAUAUUUGACUCAUCAGCCAGUGACCCUAGCCUUAGUUGUAACUGAGAGUGGGUCUGGGGAAGGUUCCUUCACAGCCCAUUUCCUAAGGGCAAUUGGAGAGACCUAAAACCCAUCGGAGCGAUAAAGGAGACGACAUAUGCAGAGCAACGGACUAACAUCUCAACCAGCGAGCAUGUUGCAGCGCUAUCGUCAUUGUGUAAAGCCCGCCUCAAUGGUUGUGAUUGGUGCCUGGAUUUGGGAAAAUCUGGAAAUGGGAUCUUGGCCAGACGGACUUGCAGAGCAAAUUUCAAAUUUGCCGGAAGUUUGUCAGGGUUUUCCCAGGC